AUGUAUAGUGAAAAACUUAAAGAGUUACGUGUGGUUGACGGUUUUAAGUUCCGUUUUCAUCGCAUAAUGAAAAAUGAAAUUCAACGGUGGGCGUGUACAAAUAAAAGGUGUAAUGCAUUUUUAAAAUUUGAUACACAUGGUGUUGAAAUAGACAAUAAUCUUGAACAUAAUAAUCACGCGGCCGAUGAGAAACGAUCACUUGUGCGGCAGAAAUUAAGUAACAGUGUCAAACGUAAAGUGGUAGAGCAGCUAUGUGAACGCCCCAGCAAAAUUAUACAUUCUGAGAUUACACCAGAUGAUUUAAAUAUAUUAGACUCAAAGGAUAUAAAUUUAAUCCGAAAAAAUAUUCACACUGCUCGUAUGAGUAAGUAUCCAAUAUUACCUAAAACACUUUUGGAAUUUUAUGCGAUGGUUCCCGACGUAGUAGAUAAAUUACACGCCAAUGGAGGUGAAAAAUGGAUUAUUGACAUUGACAAUAAUAAAGGUGUUGUGUGCUUCUCUACAAUAUGCGUAUAUUGGUGUCUUCAAACAAAUUGUUGA